CCUUCCCCGCCUCACGCCCCCCCACUGCCGCCAGAUUCAGUCCCCUCCGAGACGACGACGCUUCCGAGUGGGGGGUCGAUUUCUCCGAUCCUUCGAUUGCGUACGAUGAAGGCUUCAUCGCGCUCUCCAGCAUCGGAGCACCAAGCAGGAAGUUUACUACAACCCCCAAACCAUGGCUCUGUUUCUCCACCCCCAGGAGCACCAUGACAUGCCCGACGGCACCACCCUUGAGUUCCACACACUCUCCCCCGGAGAGCAUCAGAGGCCGCCCCGUGUGGUCUUUGUCCGUCAUGACUACUCGCGGCCUUGGGCUCGCGUCGCCGUCUUCUCACCGGACACCAUGGAGUGGCAGAUUUUCCCGAAGACGGCCGCGCUGCUGCCUGAGGGAUUCAGGCGUACAACCCGCAUGAUGGUGGAUGGGUUUAUCUGUUGGCAAUGCGAGUCUGUGGGCGGGGUAUCUCUCAGCGAGUACAUUUUGGUGCUCAACACAGAUACCUUUCAGUUCUCGCUAAUAGAUCUGCCGCCGCCCUUGAGAGUGGUAUACCCAGAAUUUAAGAUUGGUCAGACCAAGAAUGGGAGGCUCUGUAUUGUAAAUGAGAAGGAAUGCACACUUUCUGUUUGGGUCUUGACAGACAGUGAUGACGGCAUCCAGCGAUUUGUGCUGCACAAUACGUUUCCGUUGCACUCUAGCUUUAUGGAGGUCACCAACUGUUCAGUGGAAGAUACAAUCUCAGUGCGGCUUAUGACGGUUUUCAAUGGUUUUGUCUACCUUUCUAUUUCCCCCUGGAAGAAUUCCAUGGACCAGUACAGAUCCCCUGAGUGGUUCCUGUCCUUCUCUCUGGAAACAGCGGAGUUGAACCAGCAUUUUAAGAAUAGAGAGCAACUUCCAUGCCCUGUCCAUCCCUACUUGGCCUGGCCUCCUUUGGUAUGCAGCAUGGAGGAUUCAGAAUCUGAAGUUACUGGAAACAUUUUGGGGGAUGUUGGUCCUGAGGGCACAGAAAAGGCUUCAUCUGUCCUCAUAACAGCAUUACGCACAUUCAAAGAAGCUUUGAUUAAGGAUGGUGAAGCAAAUGUUGCAGAGAUAGAUGCCUUCCUACUUUGUAUUGACACUGAGGAUGAGAAGAACUCUCUUGUGAGUAAAAUCACUGCUUUAGAUGAACUGUUGAUAACUGUGAGAGAUCGUGUCUUGAGGGUAGGUGCAGACUCUGAAUUCUACGGACAGAAGACAGAAACAGAGAGCUGGUGGGAAAUGUGCAAGGGGAAGUUACGGAGAGCUUUCUUCUUCGCUAGCUGAAUAAGCCCAUCUAUCAGGAGUAAGUGGGCUCUUGCUGUAAUGCUUUGGUACUCUAGUUCUUAGAUGCUGCGAUGACGGUAUGCGCUAAGUAUCAUGUAUGUUAAUUGAACCUUGCUGUAACGCUUUGGUACUUUAGUUUUUAGAUGCUGCGAUGACGGUAUGCGCUAAGAUUCAUGUAUGUUAAUUGAGCCGGAAAUGACUGUAACAUCAUCAGUAGUUUCAUGUAUGUUAAUUGAACCGGUAAUGACUCUUUAACAUCAUCAGUACUCUAUUCAGUA